CUGACCGGAAUUUGAUUCAUAUCCACUGCCAGCAUUCCCUCCACCAUGGUAAUCCAUACCCCUAUUGAAGGAGCCCUCCCUUUUUUUUAAAUCACGCCCGUCAAAACGCCCUCCUCCAGAUUGUCGAUUUUGUUUCCACCAUAAGAAGCCCGUGACGAAAAACGAGUGAGCCAGACAGCAAAGUAGGAGAAUGGAUCCCUUAACAAAUGAACCCUUAUUCACCAAUUGCACUAGAGAUUUUAUUGGAACUCUAGAUUCCAUAUUUUACACUGCCAAUUUUUUGGCGGUUGAGUCCUUAUUGGAACUUUUGGAUGAGGAUAUCUUGAGGAAAGACACAGCUCUUCCUUCUCCAGAGUGCUCCUCAGAUCAUAUAGCUCUUUAACUCUUUUAGCCGAGGCAUGCCUAGGCUUAGACGCUGACACUCCAGGUCUGGAGAUGCCCUAAAAAUGGGGGAAGGAGAAACUGAUGAUACAGAUAAAUUAUUGGAAAAAGGGUAGACGAUCCACUUUGUGUUCUUACUCAAAGGAUUGAUGAUAGAAUCCUUGGAAUGAUCUUCUUUGUAUAACAGCGCCUUUGUCUCAUAAGAAAAUCGUGGUCAUGCCCUUUUUCAAUUCCUUUUUCCCUUGCCGAUAGAAAUGUCCAGUGGCUCAGUAUAAUUAGUUAUUGUCUUGUACUCUAGUUCUCUCUGCAAAGUGUAUGAUUAGUGGCAUUGCAAUUGAUCGCAUGUCCCUUUUUCCAUCUUUGGUCUUAUGUUUCUUCCCCUUUUUCUUGAUUGAGGAACAAAAAUCAAGUUCUUCU